UCAAGGGAUUUCAAAAUGACUUGCUUUGUUGAUAUUAACUGGCUUGCAAACCCCUACAGUAAUUUCUCAUGUGAUGGACAUGCCAUUGACUUCUUUGUCCGCAGGUCUUGGCACCCCACACGCAGCGCGUAGAAUCGCGUCCCACCACUUCCUUCAUAUUUCGCGACAGACACUCCCACCUCUUGCAAUCCUGUUGAUACGGCUCCUUCGCGGACCCAGGCACCAUGGAAGUCAACGGGUAUAAUGACAGCAAUCGCGCCUUUCUCCAAGCCUUCAUGGCCCGGUCAACUAUGACCUUCGAAGAGGCCCAGCCAGUGCUAGCAGCGAUACUCUCCGCUCAUCAAGGAGGACCCAUUGAACCAGAGCAGAUCACCCUAGAAGAUUUCAGCGCCUUCGUCGAGACCGCGAACUCGGCCAUCUCUCCCUUUGACCUGGAAAUCAGAACCUCCCGCCGACAAGACCCGAAAGAAACCCACCAAGAUGCUUCACAUGCACAUCCCGUAUUAGUCUACGCACUCGUCAAUACUACCAGCGAUCCCCUCACCCAGCUCGCGACGACACACUCCCCCGAUGAAAUCGCAUUCGUCAAACGAGUCUUGGACUACAUGUUCGACACGAAUAACACACGCCGAUGCGAGGGAAUGGUCAUUACCUCCAUGCAGGCCGUUCAACUUGCGAAAGCGGGCGGAGACCGCCGGCGGACAACCAAUCUUGGAACGCAGCAGGCUGAAGGCGGGGCGGCGCAGAACUUGACUAUGCAGCAAGCGCAGGACAUGAUGAAAUCGUUGACUCAAGAGGGGUGGUUGGAGAUCAGCAGGAAGGGGUUUUUCAGUUUGAGUCCUCGCGGGCUGAUGGAGUUACGGACUUGGUUGGUGUCGACGUAUAAUGACGAGGAUGUGAAUGGGCAGACGGUUCAUCGGAUUAAGUUUUGCAAUGCUUGCAAGGAUAUUAUCACGGUGGGUCAACGGUGUGAUGAUCGGAAUUGCUCGGGUCGGCUUCAUGAUCACUGUGUGCGCAAUUUCUUCCGCAUGCAACAAGCAGAGAAAUGUCCCAUCUGUAAAGGGGACUGGUCUGGAGAGAAUUUUGUGGGAAGUGAUCAUGCUGGUGCUUCUGAAGUUGGCGAGGAGGAGGAGGGGUGAGCUACGAGGAGACAAGGAUGCAGAGAUUCAAUCUCGGAUUCCAGUGCUGUGCCAUGCAACUUGGCAAACUUCUCUACAACCUUCACCAAUUCCCAGAGGCCCCUCCGCGCGCCAUCGGUGGACGAGUGUUGCGAUCUUCAGGUACAAGUCCUUAAAAAGGAUGUUUACGCAGGGCUAUCCAGUUCCACGUUCUCCACAUGGGCGCAUGAAGGAGCGCCGAUUCAUCCGACAGCCGAUGGACGUACCAUACCAUAGCUCCGAUGAGCGAUCUUGAUCGCCCAGCCGUGUCACUUUUCGAGGACUACGACUGUUCACAAUUCGUGAUUUAGAAUCUUAGUCUAGAGGGUCCAAAUGAUCGAGGAGACGCUGGCACGAAUCCAUUGUGGUCUAAGACCAACACUUGAUUGAUG